UCUUCCAGGAUUGCUAACAUGACUGGUGCUAUUCUACUCAUCGGUAUAGGUCUCCUAGUGUCGGGCACCUACGGAGAUUCUGGGCACUCCGGCUGUGGUGGCCCUGCUCAGCUGACACAUAACCACGGUCAUUUUUCGUCCAACCUUAGUGCGGCAGUGUACGAGAAUGACAUCCAAUGUCAUUGGAGGAUCCAUGCCACACACGGAAGAAUUAUUCGGCUCCGGGCUUUGUGGUUUGAUUUAGAAGAGGACAAUGAAUGCGACAAUGACUACGUGGUAGUGAAUGAUGGGAAGAGCUCACGCUCGCCAAUAAUUGGAAAGUUUUGUGGAAAUGCAAGUGUGGAGUUGAUAUCGUCACAUCGAUACCUGUCCAUAUUCUUCGAGACCAACAGCCACCGUCAAGCAAGAGGCUUCAACUUCACCUACGACUUUGUUCAGGCUUCCAGCGGAUGUGGAGGAAACUUCUACAGGUGUGCCAACAAUCAGUGUGUCCCCAAACUUGGAAUCUGUGACGGACACAAUCAGUGCGGAGAUUCAAGCGACGAAUUGAACUGCGCUGCUUCUGGUGUGUGCAAAGGCACAGAGUUCGAGUGUCCUGAUAACACGUGUAUCCCGAAAAAUUGGGUCUGUGACGGAAGUAACGACUGUGGUGAUCUGUCGGAUGAGGACAACUGUGGUAAACAAACAGGGUUAUCCGGAUGUAGAAGCAGCGCAUGGCAAAAUGGUACAUCCGGUUCUUUCAGCAGCAUGGACUACUUGGAUCCCAAUUUGGAGUAUGAAAAUGAUACGGAGUGUCACUGGGACAUCAAUGUUCCGGAUGGGCAGUUUAUCAAGUUGACAUUUGACCCCGACUUUGAGCUCGAGGAAGGUCGUGCCGUUUGUGACACUGACCGACUUACUAUCUACAAUGGUAAAGACCACUCCCUCAUAGAUGAGUACUGUGGGUCGACGGUUCCUGACCCGGUCAUCAUUCCGAAUGACCAUGCCCUGGUCAAAUUCUCCUCAGACGAUGAGACGAGUUUUAAGGGAUUUAUGAUACAUUGGGAGGCAGUUGACGCCGCUGGCCUACCUACAGAGGUGAAACACGACUCCGGUCCUCAUGGCUGUGACCAGUGGAUAAACUACACUGGUCCAGGAAUCAUACAAACCCCUAACUUCGGCCCCGGGAACAAUUAUGCCGACAACACCACGUGUGUUUGGAGGAUACAUGGCCCCGAAGGUUACGUCAUCAAGGUCCAUUUCAAUGACUUUGGGGUGGAAGGUUCCUUCCUCUGUAAAUACGACAGUGUCCGAAUUUUCGAUGGUCCGAGCGCGGAUGAUGAUCUACUGGCUACAAUCUGUGGCCGCAGACUACCCAGGGAUGAGUGGUCGAAGUCCAACAACAUGAUGGUCGCCUUUUACGCUGAUAGAAGCUACAACGCCGUAGGGCUGAACGCGACAUUUGAGGCCGUCAAAGUUGUUUUAUUCAAGGUCAUCACACUCACCAUAAACUCAUUUGAGACAGAGGAGGGAGACGAUUGCGAAUACGAUUUUCUUCGCAUUUUUGGCGGAACUGUAAAGAAACGUUUGUGUGGAUUCGUGUACCCAGAACACAUCACAAGUUCCGGUAACGUUUUCAACAUCCGUUUUGUGACGGAUGAAGGCAUCGGAGGAUUUGGUUUCAAUAUAACCUACGACUUCCACAAUCCAAUACCUGAUUGUCCCAAUGCUGAUGACUUCAGGUGUAACGACAACUCGUGUAUUCGAGCCAGUCAAGUAUGUAACGGUCACGAUGAUUGUCCAGGAGGGACGGAGGAAGUUGUAUGUGGGAACGUCGCCACGUGCGGAAUUCCCGCCAUUAAGCCAGCUACUGGGAACACGAAAAUUGUCGGUGGAAAGGUGGCUAUUCCAAACAGUUUACCUUGGCAGGUGUCUCUCCGGUUUUUAGGAACACACAUGUGCGGGGGGACCCUGAUUGCUCCCCAGUGGGUUGCAACAGCGUCUCAUUGUUUUGAAGAGAAUAGAAAUCAUAAGGACUGGAAAAUUUACGCGGGAAAACAGCACGAGAAGAAGGAUGAUCCGCAUCAACAGCUUCGUGACGUAGUCCGAGUCCUCAUGCAUGACCAAUACAACGCAGCCGCCAUUGACAAUGACAUUACACUGCUGAAGGUAGACCCACCCUUUACGAUCAACGAUUAUGUCAGUGCGGCUUGCUUGCCGACGGAAACAGCCCCGGAUGGAAUGGAUUGUAUGUCGUCUGGAUGGGGGGACACUAAGGGAACUGGCGGUGAAGGUAUAUUAAAACAAGUGACACUUCCGGUGGUGAAUUUACAGAAAUGUAACGGAUCUGACCUAUUAGAUGGUGAAGUCACAGCCAAUAUGAUCUGCGCGGGAUUAGACGCCGGUGGACACGACACCUGCCAGGGUGACAGCGGUGGACCGUUUAUAUGUAAGCUGAGCGGGAAAUGGCAGCUCGAAGGAAUUGUAUCCUGGGGAUAUGGGUGUGCCGAUCCUAACUCCCCCGGAGCCUACACACGAGUAAUGAAUUAUCUCCCCUGGCUUCAACAAAUUGUGGGAUCACAUACCCCGUAGAGGAUACAAUAAAGCUUUUUAAAGAGUGUCAUUUCUACACGGAUUUGAUCAUACUAUGUAUAUAUAAUAUGUUCAUCUGUGCAAGAUUGACGGUCACAUUUACAGAGAAUUAUAAAGUGAUUCAUUUCAAUAGUGUCCAUCAAAAGGCUAUAAAACUAUAGAAUACAUUUUUCAUGUUUUCUAACAAAUAUGUUGUAUUAAAAUCCACUUAUCCCGGUUAACAGUCAAAAAUACAUUUAUAUAAUUAAA